UUUGGAUAUUUGGAUAUUAACUCUUUCAUAAUUUCUAUAUUUUCCUCAUCCCUAAAGUAGUUUCUAUGUCAAUAAAGAUAACACAGGCACCUGAAUCAGUCACUUCUUCUAUACAAAGUCUGGUUGAUUAUUUAACUGAGAAUGCCAAAAAUGAUUUAAUAAAAGUGAGAGCGUUGUUUCGAUGGAUAUCAAAUAACAUUGUUUAUGAUUGGAAAUAUAUGGAAACCAAGAUGACUGCAGAAGAAGUGUUUGAAAAACGUGAAGGGGUCUGCAAGGAUUAUAGUAAAUUAUUCAACGAAAUGUGCAAAUUAGCAAAUAUUAGAGUGAAACGUCUUCAAGGAUUUGCUAAGGGAUACGACUAUAGACCAGGAUAUAAAUUUCAACCUGGGCAAGAUAUUACUCAUGCGUGGAAUGCUGUGUACAUAUUUGGAGCGUGGCGAUUAAUAGAUACUACUUGGGGUACAGGAUACACGGAUUUCACUGGGAAAUUUCAAAAGAAGUUGAAUGAGCAUUUCUUUCUUCCCGAUCCAGAAGUGUUAAUUUGGACUCAUUUUCCGUAUGAUGAAAUGGAAAGUGAUUAUUCCAGAUGGCAGCUUCUCGACAAACCAUUAACAUUAGACGAAUUCAAUAAUUUACCUAAAGUCACUCCUUAUUUCUUCGAAUUCAAUUUGAGAUUUCGAUCGAAUUUACAGAAUCCAAUUACAUUUCGAGUUCAAACGGAAAUUAAAAUCGGAGCGCAGAAACCUAUGAGAUACAAAUUUAAAUUAUACUCGGCGGAAGAUAUGGAAAACCCUUCUCUCAACAAUUAUGUGUUUUGCCAAAUGAAAGAAGAAAGAUUAGUUGGAUCAUUCGCCGUUUUUCCACCAUUAGAAGGUCGAUACGUUUUUAAGAUAUACGCCAGGCCAGAAUGGGAGAUGUAUGACGAUGCAACGUUAAGAAACGUGGUAAUAUUCUUGCUGGAUUGUGUGAGGUCGCGUAGAUAUAUUCAACCGUAUCCUCUAAAUGAAAUACCCUGGGGUCCAACACAGUGCUUCUACGAUUAUGGUAUGAAACUUCUGAAUCAAUCAGUUCCUAUUAUGGUAAGUUGGGGCAAUAAACGAAGACUCAGCAUAGAAAUGAAGGAACCAAUGUUAGUAAGUCAUCAGAUUUUUGAUUCCAACGGAUGCGAAAUUGAUACACCCGGUGUAUUGCAAAAAGACGAAACCGAAAAACGGAUUGAUUUUUACUUCAUGCCACCAAGGACCGGUUAUUAUAAAUUAAUGAUAUAUGCUUUACCAAAGCCGAAACAAAAGGGAAAAUGGAAGAUUCCGUUAGUGGCAACGUUUCUUUUCGAUUGUAAACAGACCAGAAACGGCCACGACGAAGAUGUACCAGUGCCUUCCAGUAGACCACCAGAUUCUAAAAAGAAAAUGAAGAUUCAGCCAAUGCGGUAGACUUUUUAUUAUUCGAAUUUAGACUCUUUAAACAGAAAUAUGGUAGCGAAUUUAAACAAAAAUAUGGAAAAAUUUGCUUCUGUAUGCAUAUUUAUGUGUAAUACAUACCUUAUCACCUCUCCAGAUCAAUCUGAAGAUGAUAUCAAAUUUGUUCCAUAAGGUGCAAUAAAAGAUCCAACAAUAUAAUAUAAUUAAAAUAUUCACUUAUAUCAUUAUGUACAUAGGCUGUAUUAAAUAUAUAGAACAUUUCAGGUGAAAU